CCUUCUAGUGUCCCCUCUCCCGUCCCCGCAGCAGAUGCUGUGACGGUAGUUUGACGGGCGCCAUGAUGAGCUGGGAUUUUGCCUGCUGCAGCAAGGCUAGCAAGCGGAGACGGUAAGCGACCGGGGAGGCAGGCAAGGGGGGAAGGCUGCGUCCCGGAUUGGUAUGAGCAAGAAUACACCAUUCUUCUUGACGAGAACUAGCCCUACCCCUCAGGAGCCACAACGUUUUCGACGGCAACGGAUAUGGACUUUUAUUCGAACAAUCGUUUUAAACUGUGAACAGCAUUCCACAUAAUUCAAGAAGAAUGGUUAUUAAAGGAAAAAACUAGCUAGGCUCUACUGGCUAGCUAAGCCUUUCGCCCUUCUAUUCUCAUCAGAGGAGGGGCAUUCGGGCUUUGUAGCAUUGCAGAUCUGGCUAGCUAGUAUGUUGAUGCAUUUUUGAUGCAGCAGAAUGGAUAUUCAUAUAUAUCAACGGCUCAGGGGAUUGCUGUAACUGCAUGGACACGGGCGAUACCUUUAUAGAGAAGCAUUUUUUGGACGAGAAGAAUAGAUAUACUACAAGGGCUUUCAUAACGUCAAAAUCUGCCGGCCUGGGCUGGCAAGGUCUGUGAGUUAUCCUUUAUGUGUCUUGGGAAUAGGUUGAAUAUGAGGACGUGCUCCACAUUUCGCAAACAACCUAUACUGUAUCGAUGCUUUUGUGAGAAGAUGAGGAUGAUCGAUUUAUCUUAACCCCCCAAUAGCUUUUGCUUGCCUGAGAGCAUCCAAGUUUUUUUUCUUUCAACAAGGUGAGAAUAACUUCUGUCGGCGUAGGCUACCUUGCCCACUGUCAUUCUGAAGAUACUUUCAGCCAAGUCAGUUUAUAUAAUAGCUGGAAACACCCAAAAUAGUUUGAAUCAUGUCGGGAGAGGUUCGUUUGAAGAAAUUAGAAAAACUAAUCCUGGACGGACCAGCUCAGUCAAACGGCCAAUGCCUUAGUGUGGAAACCCUACUGGAUAUACUUAUCUGUCUUUAUGAUGAAUGCAACAACUCGCCCCUCAGAAGAGAGAAAAACAUUUUGGAAUUUCUGGACUGGGCCAAACCCUUCACCUCCAGGGUCAAGCAGAUGCGCCUACACAAAGAGGACUUUGAGAUCCUCAAGGUGAUUGGUCGUGGGGCCUUCGGUGAGGUUGCCGUGGUGAAGGUGAAGAAUGCAGACAAGGUGUUUGCCAUGAAGAUCCUCAACAAGUGGGAGAUGCUGAAGAGAGCGGAGACGGCGUGUUUCCGCGAGGAGCGUGACGUGCUGGUGAACGGAGACAGCCAGUGGAUCACCACCCUGCACUACGCCUUCCAGGAUGACAUCAACCUGUACCUGGUGAUGGACUACUACGUAGGAGGAGACCUGCUGACACUGCUCAGUAAGUUUGAGGACCGCCUGCCCGAGGACAUGGCUCGCUUCUACCUGGCUGAGAUGGUCCUGGCCAUCGACUCUGUCCACCAGCUGCACUACGUCCACAGGGAUAUCAAACCAGACAACAUUCUGAUGGACAUGAACGGUCAUAUCCGCCUGGCUGACUUUGGCUCCUGUCUCAAGCUGAUGGAGGACGGAACGGUCCAGUCCUCCGUGGCGGUAGGAACCCCAGACUACAUCUCCCCAGAGAUCCUGCAGGCUAUGGAGGAUGGCAAGGGCAAGUACGGCCCCGAGUGUGACUGGUGGUCCCUGGGGGUGUGCAUGUACGAGAUGCUGUACGGAGAGACCCCCUUCUACGCAGAGUCCCUGGUGGAGACGUACGGCAAGAUCAUGAACCACAAGGAGCGUUUCCAGUUCCCGGUGCAGAUGACAGACGUGUCGGAGGAUGCUAAGGACCUCAUCAGACGCCUGAUCUGCUCCAGAGAACACCGUCUGGGACAGAACGGCAUCGAGGACUUCAAGCAGCACCCCUUCUUCUCCGGCAUUGACUGGGACAACAUCCGCACGUGCGAGGCCCCCUACAUCCCUGAAGUGAGCAGUCCCACCGACACGUCCAACUUCGACGUGGACGACGACUGCCUCAAGAACUCUGAGACCAUGCCCCCUCCAUCUCACACAGCGUUCUCUGGUCACCACCUGCCCUUUGUGGGUUUCACAUACACCAGUAAAUGUACUCUGUCAGACCGGGGCUGUCUGCGGGAGCAGUCGGCGGGCCAGGAGGACGUGGGCGUGCAGCGCGGCCUGGAGGACAGCCUGGCGACCGAGGCGUACGAGCGCAGGAUCCAACGCCUGGAGCAGGAGAAGCUGGAGCUGAGCCGCAAGCUGCAGGAGUCCACCAAGACCGUGCAGUCCCUGCAGCACCCAGGGGGCCCCGGGGAGGGACCCGCCCCGCCCCUCUCCCCCAGCAGGGAGGGGGAAAUACGGAGCCUGAAGACGGAGAUCGACCUCCUCAAGAAGCAGAUCGCAGAAUCGGGCCAGCUGGAGCAGCAGCUGGAUGAGGUGUCCAGUGCACGGAGAGACAUGGAGGAUUCUUCUAAACACAUGAAGAGCAUGGAGAAGCAGAUGAAGAACCUGACGCAGGAGAGAGACGACCUGCACAAGGACCUGAUGGAGGCCAGCGACAAGCUGAAGGGCCAGACCAGGGAGCUGAAGGAGGCUCAGGCCCAGAGGAAGCUGGCCCUGCACGAGUUCUCCGAGCUCAACGAGCGGCUGACGGAGCUGCGCACGGCCAAGCAGCGGCUGGGCCGCCAGCUCCGUGACCGGGAGGAGGAGAUGGAGGCUCUGGGCCAGAGGGUGGAGGGCCUGCGGGCCGAGGUGCGCAAGGCAGAGAGGGGCAGGAAGGAGCUGGAGGCCCAGUUUGAAGAGCAGACAGCAGAAGCCCAGAAGGAGAGGAAGCUAAGAGAACGCAGUGAGCAGUACAGCAGACAGCUGGAGGAUGAACUGGAGGGAAUGAAGAAGCCGGUGGGCCCUCCGUCAGGGGCGGUGGGCUUGGAGGCGGGCCCGGAGGCAGGCCGUGUGCGAGUGGAGCUGGAGAAGAAGGCCGUGCUGCUGGAGGAGGAGCGCGGGCGGCGCGAGGCCCAGCACGCUGCUGAGCUCAAGGCCCUGAGGAAGGAGCUGAGGGAGGCAGAGAGCCAGCAGCUCACCCUGCAGAAGGAGAUCCUGGUGCUCCGAGACAAGCUGGACAAGACACGCCGAGAGAGCCAAAGCGAGCGCGAGGAGUUUGAGUCAGAGUACAAACAGAAGUAUGAGAGAGAGAGGACUCUACUUACUGAGGAGAACAAGAAGCUCUCCAGCGAGCUGGACAAGCUGACGUCCAUGUUUGAGAAGCUGAGCGGUAGCAACCGGCAGCUGGAGGAGGAGAUGAGGGAGCUGGCCGACAAGAAGGAGAGCGUCACCCACUGGGAGGCCCAGAUCACUGAGAUCAUCCAGUGGGUGAGCGAUGAGAAAGAUGCUCGAGGAUAUCUGCAGGCUCUGGCCACUAAGAUGACUGAGGAGCUGGAGGGACUGAGGAACACCAGCCUGGGAGCCCGAGCUACGGACAUGCCCUGGAAGAUGCGGCGCUUUGCCAAGCUGGACAUGUCUGCACGUCUGGAGCUGCAGUCAGCUCUGGAUGCUGAGAUCAAAGCCAAGCAGAGCAUCCAGGACGAGCUCAACAAGGUCAAGGCCUCCAACAUCUCCACCGAGUGUAAACUGCAAGAGGUGGAGACCAGGAACCAGGAGCUGCUGGCUGAGAUGGAGCGACUGAAGAAGGAGACAGAGGAUCUUCGUCUGCGCCGGGGUGUGAAACACCAGGACUCCCAGAAUUCCUUCCUGGCCUUCCUGAACGCCCCCACCUCAGCACUGGACCAGUUUGAUCGCUCUCCAUCCAUCGGGCCAGCUAGCAAAGGCAGACGUAUGGAUUCGGUGGACUUCACUCCUUCCAACACUCCAUCCCGAGACGAGGACUCCAAGUCCCACCUCAAGUCUCGUUCCAGGUCGCCUUCCAUGGCCAGCGACAUGGAGCCUAUUGAGUUGGUCGACCACCCUCGGCCCGUCCAGACGCCCACCAUGAGGUCAGGCUACGGCAGCAUUGGACGCUCCUCCCCCAAGCCCAAAGCCCACCAGUUUGUCGUGAAGUCGUUCAACACUCCCACCAAGUGCAACCAGUGCACGUCCCUGAUGGUGGGCCUCAUCCGCCAGGGAUGCACCUGUGAAGUGUGCAACUUCUCGUGUCACGUGACGUGUGCAGACAAGGCCCCAGCUGUGUGUCCGGUGCCCCAGGACCAGACCAAGGGUCCCCUGGGCAUCGACCCCCAGAGGGGCAUCGGCACCGCCUACGAGGGCCACGUCAGGGUGCCCAAGCCCACGGGGGUAAAGAAGGGCUGGCAGCGGGCGGUAGCCGUGGUGUGCGACUUCAAGCUGUUCCUGUACGAGCUUGGAGAGGGCAAAGCCACACUGCCCAGUGUGGUGGUUAGCCAGGUCAUAGACAUGAGGGAUGAAGAGUUUUGUGUCAGCUCAGUCCUGGCCUCGGAUGUCAUCACCGCCAGUCGCAAAGACAUCCCCUGCAUCUUCAGGGUGACGGCGUCCCAGCUGUCUCCCUCCGGCAGCCACAAGCCCUCCAUCCUGAUCCUGGCGGACAGCGACCACGAGAGGAACAAGUGGGUGGGGCUUCUGAACGAGCUGCAUCGCAUCCUGAAGAAGAACAAGCUGAAGGAGCGCUUUGUCUACGUUCCUAAAGAGGCCUACGACGCACCCCUGCCCCUCAUCAAGACCACCCAGUCUGCUGCUUAUCAUAGAUCACGAACGCGUUGCCCUGGGCAACGAGGAAGGCCUUUAUGUCAUCCAUGUCACCAAAGAUGAGAUCAUCCGUGUGGGGGACAACAAGAAGGUUCACCACGUGGACCUGAUCCCUCAGGAGCAGCUGCUGGCCGUCAUCUCCGGGAGGAACCGC